CGGACUUUCAUGACCGCCUCUGCCCCUUGAUGGAUGACAUCCAUCCACUACAGUCAAUUCUCCUGACGAUAAUACCCUUGGGAUUCAAGAAUGACAUAUCCGAUCGGACGUGACUCCCAGAAAACCGCAAUUUGGCCGCGGCCGAGCUUCCCGGAGGCGACUUCAGUUCGGCGGACCCCUGAACCGGUAAACUGAAAGAAGGUUUCCUUCUAGCCAUCCUCCAAAUGUCAUCGGUAUACACGUCGUCGCGUGGCAAAGCUGCCUGGGGAGCAGUGCAGCGCCCUUCGGAGUACUAUCAUCAUUUCGGUCCUACCUUAAACGAGCUAUCCUUCGGGUUGUUGGGAUGGUCGUUCCAACCCCAGCGUGACAUUAUCGAUCUCACUGGAAAGGUGAUCCUGGUCACAGGAGGCAACACCGGCCUCGGAAAGGAGACCAUCAUCCAACUCGCCCAGCACAAUCCAGCCCGCAUCUACCUCGCCGCGCGCAACGAGACGAAAGCCCAGGAUGCCAUUGCCUCCAUCCGGGAGACCCUCCCCUCCGCAGUCGACAUCAAAUACCUGCCCUUGGACCUGGGGUCGCUGUCAUCCAUCCGAGCCGCCGUAGAGCGCUUCCGCGCGGACUGCGACCGACUGGACACCCUGAUCCUCAACGCAGGCACCAUGAACAAUCCGACCAAAUACACCGAGGCGGGAUUUGAGAUGCACAUGGGCACCAACCACAUCGGACACUUCCUGCUCACCACCCUGCUGCUGCCCGUCAUGCAGAAGACUCUGGCCCUGUCGCCAGACGUCCGCGUGGUAUCGCUGAGCUCGGCGGCCAACGUGGGCGCGCCCCCCUUCGAGGUGAUGACCUCCGCCUCCGCUCUCGCAGAGACCCCUCAUCUGGUGGCGUAUUGUGCGUCCAAGGCGGCCAACAUCCUCUUCGCUGCGGAGUUGGCACGGCGCUAUCCGGAGAUCCUCGCUGUCUCAGUGCAUCCGGGUGCGGUGGCUAGCGACCUCUACGAUCAUACGAUGGAUAGGAACUGGUUCUUCAGGCUUGGGGUGAACAUCAUCAAGACGGGCUUUUGUAGGUCCCUGCGCACCGGAGCGCUGAACCAGCUGUGGGCGGCGGGCGCGAAGCGCGAAGCGCUGAUCAACGGUGCUUACUAUGUGCCGAUCGGGGUCCAUGCCAGUGGCAAUCCGUACGCCAGUGAUGUAGAGAUGGGGAAACGUCUUUGGGAGUGGACUGAACAGCAGAUUGCGGAGAGUUGAUUCUCUCGGUUGCUCUCUAACUGUCUCUAGCUUGGUAUCUUCUUUGGAGUUGAUUUAAAUUGUAGUAUAGUGAC